AGACAAGUAGCGUCGGCAAAAGAGGGACGGACCUCGGCUUGACCCCACAUAACAAGUAGCCCGUCGGCACAUUAUGUAUACAUAUAGCACCUGCAGGAGCAGCCUAACAUUGUUUUGUUUUCAGUAGCAUUACAAAUUUACGAAAUGUCUGAUUUCUCCGCUGACCUGUGUCCGGCAGAUCCCCAAGGCCCAGAUAUCCUUGCUCGAGAGCGCGGAGGGUCCAACAUUAAUGUCAGCCAGCUUGCGCAACAUUUGUUCCAGCGCGAUGGCUUGCUCGAGCGCCAAAAGAAGAUCUUAAAGAUCAUUGAGAACAGACCAUAUUUCUCGAAGAAGAAUCAGCUUAAUCUUGCACGGCCACAUAGGUAUCAUCUGUCGCUGGCUCGAUCAAAGGAGCUUCGCCGGCUUGCACUGCAGUAUGGCUGGGACGCCCAAGAUUACCGGGUUGCGACAUACCUUGUAGGCGAAGUUGCUCCGUAUUCACUCCACCCUCUCAUGUUUGCGACUUCGAUCCGCGAGCAGGGCAGCGAGGAGCAGAUCACGGAGUGGAUGCCGCGGACUGAACGCUGGGAGAUCAUAGGAUGCUAUGGGCAGACGGAACUAGGCCACGGCAGCAACGUGAGAGGCAUAGAAACCUACGCGAGAUGGAAUCCGGACACCAAGGAUUUCACCAUCCACAGCCCGACAUUGACCGCCGCAAAGUGGUGGAAUGGAUCGUUGGGCCGCACUGCCAACCAUGCCAUCAUUGUUGCUCAGCUCCUGCUGCCUGACACCAAUGGCAAGCUCAAGUCGUAUGGCCCGCAUCAAUUCAUCUCACAAAUCAGAGACAUGACGAUGAACAAGCCCCUCGACGGCAUCGUGAUUGGUGACAUUGGUACCAAGUUUGGUUAUGCGGGCAUGGACAACGGAUACAUGCUGUUCAACAACUUCAGGGUACCUCACAAGGCACUGCUUUCCAAAUACACGGGUGUGAGCCGCGAUGGAAACUACAUCAAGCCGGAGAAGCAGGCCAUUGUCUAUGGCAGCAUGACCUUUGUCCGUGCCAGCAUCAUCAUGGAGAGCCGACUUGUCCUUGCAAGAGCGUGCACCAUCGCGGUGCGAUACUUAUCCAUCCGGCGACAAUUUGCUGACCGCGAUGAUCCAGCUGGGCCGGAGCGAUCUGUGCUGGAUUAUCCCUCAGUACAGGUCCGGAUCCUCCCUCUGGUCGCGGCAGCGUAUGCUCUGCACUACACGGGAGAAGCAAUGUUCAAUCUAUACUGGGAGACUCGUGCCGACAUUGAGCGAAAGGGUGAUAUGUCUCGGCUUGCGGAGCUCCAUGCAACAUCUUCUGGUCUCAAGGCGGCUUGUACGUUAAUCACUGCUGAUGGAAGCGAAACCUGCCGUCGUGCAUUGGGUGGCCAUGGCUUUGGUGGUGGAAGCGGUAUGGUUCCACUCAACACUGAUCACCUCGACAAGCCCACUGUUGAAGGGGACAGCUGGAUGAUAUCGCAGCAGACAGCUGCCUAUCUCAUCAAGCACAUGACCGAAGCUGUUGCAGGACGAAGCUCAGAGCCCAUCGAUGGCCAAUUCACUGCCUAUCUGACAACUCGCAACAAUGACUGCGUGUACGACAUCUACCGCAACGAUGAAGACAUCCUGCUAUCUUUCAAGAACCGGGUCUCAUAUCUAGCAUACAAGGCCUACGAGCGUCGCAUCGUCCAGAAGCAGUCGUGGACAGACCUCAUGGUCGAACUCCAUCGUCUCGCCAUUGUGCACGCUGAAUCCAUUCUCGUCGAAAACUUCUACAACGCGGUCUUUGCCGGCUGCACUGGCCUCUCUCUCGACAGCUCUACCCUCACAGUACUGAGAGACCUCUUCCGCCUCUUCGGCCUGAGUAUAAUCGACUCGCGCAGCACCGAGUUCAUUUUGUCCGGGUCCAUCUCAGUGCAGCAACUCCAGCCCCUCACGUCCACCAUUCUCGAGCUCAUGAAGAAGAUCCGUCCGCACGCCGUCAGCCUCGUUGACGCCUGGUCCAUCCCGGAUUACCUGCUUGACAGUGCCCUUGGCCGCCAAGACGGUGAUGUGUAUAAUGCCCUGUGGAAAAAGGCGCAUCUGGAGAAUCCGCUUAAUUUGGAUACGUUUAACCCAGAUUUUAGUACAGAGGAGAUCAUAAUGGGCGAGGGAGCGGAAAAUGCGAGGAAGCGUGUGGAGAAGCUGGCUCUGGGUGUUUAUGGGCAUGAGCAGAGGAACGGUGGAUCGAAGCUGUGAAUAACUUAGAGAUUUGCCUGUGCCAAUAUAAAUUACAUAGAGCUUGAUGCUUAAUUUUCUCCUUUUUGUCGUCGAGAAUCAGUUCUUGCCAUGCACCUGCACUUCCCAAUGGAAACACACGGUCGCCAACCUUCAAAUCAUAAACAUCACUCUUAUAUAUCGCGGAAGGUAGGCAGAGGUUGAGUCUGUAACUUGCUCCCCGUUCGAGGUUUCAAGAUUUUCGAUGAUACAGGGCGCAAGACAAGGGUGCAUGAGGAAGAUCCCAA